AUGUCGUCGUCAGUGGUGGAGAUUGUGGCGGAGCAACGGGGAUGCGGCGACGAUGGUAACGGCGGAGAGGCAGUAGAUAACGGCGAGCUUGAUCAUUUGCUUCUACGAACCUCCUCCGAACCAACGGCUCCGACAAUUUCUCUCUCGAGGGAAUCUUUUCUUAGAGCAGCAACUUUACUCAAGGACCAGGUUAUAGAAGCUACGUGGAAAGGCGGUGUUACGGAUCCGGGUAUGGUUCUGGAUCCGACUGUUUACACAGGUUUACUCGGCACAGCUUUCACUUGCUUGAAGUCGUACGAGGUCACGAGGAACCAUCAGGAUCUGCUAAUUUGCGCUGAUAUAAUCGACACGUGUGCCAACAUCCCACGUGCCACAACCAGGCACGUGACGUUUUUAUGUGGAAGAGGAGGAGUUUAUGCACUUGGUGCAGUCGUAGCCAAUUACAGUGGGCACCAAUCAAAGCGUGACUUCUUCCUCGGUCUCUUUCUUGAGGUAGCAGAAGAGAGAGAGUUACCAGCAGGACCAGAGGAAGGAGGAUUUGGGAUGUCAUAUGACCUUCUCUAUGGAAGAGCGGGUUUCCUCUGGGCUGCGUUGUUCCUAAACCGAUAUCUCGGCGAAGGCACUGUUCCUCACCAUCUCUUAUCCCCCAUCGUCGCAGCCAUCUUAUCCGGUGGACGUGUUGGAGCCGCGGAUCACGAAGCUUGCCCUCUGCUAUACAGGUUUCACGGGACAAGGUUUUGGGGUGCUGCGAAUGGACUAGCUGGAAUCUUGCACGUGCUGUUACAUUUCCCGUUAUCGGAAGAGGAUGUGAAAGAUGUUCAAGGGACGUUGAGGUACAUGAUGAAGAACAGGUUCUCAAACAGCGGGAACUAUCCUUGCAGCGAAGGGAAUCCGAGAGAUAAGCUUGUCCAAUGGGCUCAUGGAGCAACUUGCAUGGCGAUUACUUUGGCUAAAGCAUCUCAAGUGUUUCCUAAGGAAAGAGACUUCCGAGAAGCAGCUGUUGAAGCAGGGGAAGUAGUGUGGAAGAGUGGCUUGGUGAACAAGGUAGGUUUAGCUGAUGGAGUUUCCGGUAACGCAUACGCUUUCUUGUCGCUUUAUCGGUUAACCGGAGAUGCUGUGUAUGAAGAGAGAGCAAAAACAUUCGCGAGUUACUUGUGUUGUGAUACGAGGGAGGAAACAGAACGUGAUUAUUCGCUUUUCCGGGGACUAGCUGGACCAGUAUGUCUCUGGUUCGAUCUUGCUUCGCCGGAAGAUUCUAAGUUUCCUGGUUAUGAGAUAUAA